AUGGGCGCCUUCAUGGGGUGCUGUCCGACGGCUGCGGCCAGCAAGCGAGUGAGCGCGGACAGCUUUCCGUCGGAUGCGGUGAUCUACGCGCGGGACGACCACACCAGCACGUUUCAGCAGGUCAGGCUAGCGCGGGAUCUGCAUAAAUUUGCAGGUGGUACACUCUGGCUGGAGUUUGUCUACGAGGACAUCCUGGAGGAGGUGAGGAAGGCUUUUGCUACCCAAAGCGCCGACGACGAUGCUGAAGCACUGGAUGCUGUGCUCGCGUCCAUUAAGCACAACGGCUGGUCCGUCGAGUUCAACAAGUCCCUCGUGAACUUGCUGGUCGUUGCACGGAAACAUGGCAUGAAUUUUCAUGCCUUGGAUGAUCCCGAGUGGUCCAAAGAUGCGUUCAUCGCGAAGUACGGUAGCAAUCUGGGUGGCAUGCGCUACUUGGCCAAUCGAGCGUCGCAUCUUGACGACCAUGAGGGAGCUACUUCCAGAUGGUGUGACAAGAUUGUCAAGCUGAG